UGGUGUUAAAUAAAGAUUUUAAAUUCAAAGUUGAUUGAUGCCUCUGAUUUUUCAAGUGUGGUUUAAGCUGUUUAGCCAUCCAAGAAUAUGGGUUUACAAACAAAAAUCUCAGCUGCAUAUCUCCACCACAAUCUCUCUCACGUGAUUCUCAAUCACACAAUUAUUCACUAUAAACCCUCAAUAAAUCCCUCCCUUUGAUGGAUUUUGGCUCCAAAACCACCUCCCCAUUUUCACCCUCAAUUCCCCCAUCUCAUGAUGCUUCUCUUUCACCCCCCUCUUUUCUCAGUUUCAAUACCCCCAAAACGAUCCUUGUUGGGACCGAAAGCUCCGCUCCGAUGCUCUGCCUCCGCCACAGAUGUGAGGGUGGAAUCCGGCGCGGCAGCCAACAGCAGUGCCGCCGUUCUUUGGUACAAGCACGACCUUCGCAUCGAAGACCACCCGGGGCUCAUCGCCGCAUCCCAGCAUCGAACUGUUGUUCCCCUUUACGUAUUUGAUCGCCGUAUUCUCUCACGAUUUUCAGAUGAAAUGCUAGAACUUCUCCUCUUUGCUUUGGAGGACUUAAGGAAGUUGCUAAAGGAGAGGGGGUCCAAUUUGAUGAUCAGGUUUGGAACUGCAGAAGAUGUCAUUAGAAAAUUGGUCAAAGAGGUCCAGGCUACUGGUAUUUUUGUAGAAGAAGAGGUGGAGUAUGAGCUAUGUGUAAUGGUAGAUAAUGUGAAGGAAUCACUGUCAUCUUUAUCUUUCAAGGGAGGGAACCCUAAGAUUGUGAUGUGGAGAACUCCAUUUUACGAUGUUAAGAGUUUAAGCGACCUGCCAUCAUCAUUUCAUGACUUCCAAAAGCUUAAGCUAUCUGUUUUACCCGGUCUUGAGCCCCCAGUCUUACCUGCUACUUUGACAGAUUUGUCCUGGGGUACUUUCCCCACCAUGAUCGAUUUGAAAGAAUAUAUGGAUGACGUCUCGUUUGCUGGGAAUAUGAAAAAUGAAUGGACUUCAAUAAAAAAAUUGUCUGCUGAAAAUAUGCUGCAAAGAAAGAAACAAAUAGGAAAACUUGACUCGAAGUUAGCAGAAGGGAAAGAAGACGAUAAGAAGUAUUCUGUUAGUGAGACUACCCAAAGAAAGAAACCAGAAAGAUCAGCAUUUGUAACAAGCCAAGGGAACUUUGCUGGAGGUGGAUCUGAUCUUGUAUUGAAUGCUUUGGCGGCAUAUUUGAGAUACCUGGAAGGAACUUCCCGAGAUGAAUAUCAGGAGGUACAUGCAAAGCUACGUUUAGCUGAAAAACGUGAAGGAGCUUCAUUUCAAGCACUUUUUGGUUCUUCCCUUCUUCUCGGAAUUGUUUCCAGAAGAAGAGUAUAUUUUGAAGCUAUCAAGUAUGAGAAAGAACGAAAUGGUGGAUUCUUGUCACCAUUUGGGUAUUCCACAACUACAGUGGCAGCAGUAAUCAAUACUGUGUCUUCCACGGAGUGGUAUUGGCUUUUGACUCUAAAUGACUACAAAAAUGAGGCAGACAUUUUUCCAAUUCGGAUAUGGAGAUGGAAUAACUAUCUAAUCCAAUAUACAGUUGCUGGUUGUGAAGGUCCGGCUAUUCUUCUUGUUCAUGGUUUUGGUGCCUUUUUGGAGCAUUACAGGGAUAAUGUAUAUCCCAUAGCUGAAGAUAAAAACAGGGUUUGGGCAAUUACACUACUUGGGUUUGGUAAAUCAGAAAAACCAAACAUCAUAUACACUGAACUCGUGUGGGCUGAACUGCUUCGGGAUUUCAUAAUCGAGGUUGUCAGGGAGCCAGUACAUCUUGUUGGGAAUUCAAUUGGUGGAUAUGCUGUCUCUCUAGUCGCUGGUCUUUGGCCGUUGUUAGCCAAGUCUAUCGUCCUUAUGAAUACUGCUGGAAGUAUUAUUUCUGGGUAUCGCCCUUUGGGUUAUUCAAAAGAUAGGCAAACUUCAGGAGCAGCGUGGUUAGGCGCUAGGCUCCUUUUGGGGUACUUGAGAUUUAAUAUCAGGAACAUACUACGAAGCUUUUAUCCAACAGAAACAGGAAGGGCAGAUGAUUGGCUUAUAAAUGAGAUGACUAGAGCUGUAUCCUUUAGAGGCAUCUUCAGAUUGUUGUUUUCUUUUCGUAAACAAUCAUGUUAUAGUCAUAUGCAAGACCUUAAAAGUAUUUUGCAGUCAUAUGACCCCGGUGUGAUAUUUGUUUUAGAAAGCAUCUUCAGCUUUGAUCUUUCACUUCCUCUAAAUUAUCUCUUGGAGGGAUUUGAGAAUAAGAUGCUUAUGGUACAGGGAAUGAAGGAUCCACUAUCUGAUUCGAAGUCAAUGUUAGCCAUGGUUAGAGAACAUUGCAGAGGGGUAGCCAUUAAAGAAAUAGAUGCUGGACACUGCCCUCACGAUGAGCUGCCAAGUGAAGUGAACUUGAUCAUUACUGAAUGGGUGGCGGCGCUUGAUUGUGAAAUGUCUCCUGUUGCCUCAAAACAGUUAAAUUAAAUCAAUAUAUUUACAGAUUCAUCUUAGUUCAGGGAUUCUGUCACUUGUCAUUUUUUUGCAAGAAAAGAAUCUAUAUGUGUACAGGCAAGGCAAGUCAGAGUAUUGGUCUAGUGGUAGGUGAUUGAUGUCCAAGGCUCGAGGUCCUUGGUUCGAGUUCACGGUCGUACGGUUUUUUUAUUUUUUUUAUUUGCUUGUGUAAUUUAUCAAAAAAAUAUAGUACAAUGUAAGGUCUCCAUUCUCACAAAUAUGUAUUUUGAAAUACAAAAGCAAGUUAAGUUUA